AUGUCUUCCAACGCCGGCAAAGCCAUGACCCCUAGCAGCCCCCAGCCAUCCGGAUCGAGAAGCCUCCCCGACCACCGCCCGCCGUCCAAAAAGGAGCGUACCCCCGAAGCGGCAACAGGGACCGAAGACAGCACCGCCGAGCCAAGGAGCUACCCCGAGAACAGGCCUCGCCCCUAUCCCGCUCCCACCCCUGCCCCUGAGUCGGAUAUCGACUCGGAAUCAGACUCAUCCGAUGAAGAGUUGUGGGCUGACGCGCAAGAAGACGGCGAUGGAAAUGGCGAGGACGGAGACGGCGAAGGGGGCGAGGGUGAUAAUGCGGAGGCGGGGAACAGUGGCCAUGAGGAGCGCGGAAACACCGAAAGGGAGGACGAAUUCGGGUACCUGGAUGAUGACUUCGACUUCGGCGAGCUCAUAAACUACGCCUCCCCCGCCGCGGGUGCCAGCAACACAGGGUCGGGGUUCGAUGAUAUAAGGGAGUUACUCAUUCUCACCAGUCGACCGAGGCAGGACCCCAUCGCGCCGCUCCCCGAUUUUCAACUCUUUGACCCCUUUCCUCCCCGCCAACCCCCCCACAGAGUUUCCUUCAACAACCACACCGCCAACCCCAUUAGCAACGUCAAUUUCAACCACCUCAUCGCCCCACCUCCCCACCCCUUCUUCGCAGCAGCAAACCCCCACCCCUCCCCACAAGCCCUCCACGCCCAAGACCUCCACCUCCAGCUCCAGCAGUACCGCACCCGCCUCCGCGCGGCCGCCCUCCGCCGGCAAAUGCAAACGGUCGCGGCGCGGCACUCCCAGACGGUGCAGGCGAUCGGGUACUGCCCCGGGUGUGCGUGGUGCGGGCGGUGGCCGGGCGGGGGCGGGGUUGGUAGCGGCGGAGGUGGUGGUAAUGGUGUGGGUGGUGCUGGUGGUGGUGGCGGAGGGGGGUGGGAUGGGCCGUGGGCUUGGCUUGGGUUUGGAGGGAGGGGGUCGUCCGGGGGGUAUUAA